AUGUCUUUAGACGAGGAGGCUCUAACAGUGCUCGCCAAUGGCGGGUCCAUUGACCCUGAGAAAUGGAAACGAAUGGUUCAACCUCUGUUGGAGCGGCUGGACUAUAAUAUUCAUAAUGUUUUCCCCAUGCCAAGGGAAUCACCGAGCUCCCAUGCGCCGCCGCAAUCCCCGCAACCCGUCUUGUAUCCGCCCCCCGAAGGCAGCAACAAGGAGAACGACGCACCAGGGAGCAUCCAGUCUGAUAAUCAGCAGCGUGUUGCGACCGAUUCAGUGCCAUUGAACGACCCGAUUUCGACAUCACAGUCUGCGUCCGAGCCCUUGGAGACUACUGGCACUGAGACGACUGGCACUCUCCCACCGCCCCUUGCGCUGCUGCUUCGAUCCACUCGUUCCUCCAUCCAGACCUUCUUCACCGAAAAGCCCCCUCAUACCGUUCAGAGGCUUGCGGAGCUCAUCCUUCACCCUUCGGCCCACUAUAAAUCCCUGCCUGCCUAUCUCCGUGCUGUGGACCGUGUGAUAUCUGUGACCAGUGGUGCCGACGUCUUUCCACUCAGUGCAUCAAAUAACACCAAAGAUCAGGCGAAUGGAAUUACCCCCAAUUCGUUGAAUAGCGCGGGAGCUUUUUCAACAGCAGACUACGCUUCUGCUUUGGGUAGUGAUGAGUCCUUGGGCGGGGCGCUUCUGACACCUAUUCCUUGGCUAAGCGGCACAUCAUUUGUCGCAGAGGAUGGUGUCAUGCUGGAUGAUCAUAUCACGACCGUACCACCGCCGCAGGAGAUUGAACUAUCAGAGGCACCCGUCGCUGAUGGGGGAGAUGUUCCAAGGCCAGGUAUGGCCUCUUCUCCCACUGAGCCAUCUGAAGAUGUCCCCCACGCACGUGGUCCGUCCGUGCUGGGCGUAGAGGAUCUGGGAUUACAGGAUGGCAAGGGCGUAGAAAUGGAGCUGAUUGCUCAAGAGGAGCAUGAUGGCACCUCGAAUACAUCACCCGUCGAGACAAAUUCCACAGAAGGAGGAACGGGCGCACCUGAUCAAGAUGGUGAUAUCUCUCUUGAUGAUGACACGCCAAAAGACGAAGCGAAACCUAACGAGAACUCCACGGGCGCUACGGAGGGCAACAGCGAACCGUCGCAGGUGGAGGACAGUCAAUAG